CGGAGGCAAAAUCCUUCGGAAAAAAGCAAAACAGAAAAAGAGUUAUCGGGAUCGCUUUCCUUACCCAUCUACUCUGAAGUCCUCUCUUCUUCUUCUUCCUCGUGGCUAAUCUGCAGUUCAAAAAUCGACCGUGCUUUCUGCUAAUUCGUUGAAGAUGGGGGAAUUCCUUAGCCCUAAUCCGGCGCAAAAGCAUAGGCUACCAAGUAUUCAAUCCCCAACUAGCCCGUUCUUUCUCAGAUCCAACAAUGACCAGCUCUAGCGAGCGCAGCCUCACGCUAAACGGGCCGCCGCCAUCCGUCGCAUGUCCGUCUCCCUCAACGCUACUCAGCCUCUUCCCUCCGACAAAUCCACCGGCCCCUCCUCCUUCUGCCUCGUCAAGGAGCAGAUCCUCGAUCUCUUCCACAACUGCAUCAAACUCGCCAGCGAAAAUGUCAGACUUGUCCCCGUCCCCUUAAUCUUCUUACAAUUUGUUUGAAUUUGGUGGCCACAACUUUGAAAUGGGAUUUGUUCAAUUUGUGCUUUCUGUGGCGCUUGCAAAAAAUCAAUCAGAAGAAUACAUGGGAUUUGAGCUUGAUAGAUCACUUGUACGACAUUAUAAAGGUGGAAGAAGAAGAAGAUUCGGAGACCAAUAUUCAGAAGAUGCUGUUUCUGGAGAUGGCAGUGCCGAGGUUGGACAAAAGACUGGUCGUGGGAAGAAGGAGACAGAGAAAAAGAUAUCGCCCUUGUCAACGCUGGAAUCAUCUUUCGAGGCUCUUAACCUGAAGAAGUUUGAUGCUGCAUUUGCUGUUGAUCCCAUCUAUCACCAGACAUCUGCGCAGUUUGAUGAAGGUGGAGAUAUGGGUCUUUUACUGAAUAACAUCGGAGUAUACGGUGGAUGUCGAGUGCUAUUCGAUUCAAAAGAAGUACCAGGAAAAUGUGUGUCAUUUGAGAACCAGUGUGGCAGGGAUCAGUUGAUUGACCUUUCCUUUGCUAAAAGUAUGUUCGGAUUCUAUGGUUCACCAUACAAUGCCAUUUUGAAAAUAAUUUAACACUGAUGGGCUUCUUGGCUCCUUACAUAUUGCACUGACCAAUUGCAAAAAAUGGAUGAAAUUUCACCAACUCUCCUUGAAAUUAUUAGUCAAUUUGAUGAACAUAACAAAAGGCCACUAGCUACGUUUUCUUCCCACCUGGGAUCUGGCAACCAAAUGGAUGUAGAAAAUGGUUUUAGCGAAGAAAAUGAAGCUGACCUUGGUGGUGAUGCAUUUGAAAAUCAAGAUGCUUGGACUUACGAUCAACAAAGUGUUGUUGAUGAUGAAUCUAUGUGCUAUCCAUAGAGCGUGUUUAUCAGUGUGUUGAUGAUUAUAAUUAUUAUUUUAACGUAUGGAUCAACCAGUCACUUAAAAUUAGACAAUCUCUUGCAGGAAAAUGGCGCAUUUUCUUUUGACAACACCGAUAUGGAUGGCAGGUCAUAUAUAAUUGAUACUUAUUUGUUACAAAGUUUGGGUUGCACAUCCAAACACAAUGCUUGGGCAGGUCCUGGUCAUUGGAAGUAGCAAAAAUCAAAAGUUAAAGCUUGAGGUGUUCCCUAAGAUUUUACAUUGUAGUCCUUUGUCUCCCAAAAUGGUAAUGUAGAACUUUCCCAAAGGGAUGGAUCGAGGAUAAUCCCAAUGCAGAAGAAGGGCCACAAGUAACAGCCAAGAAACCAAAGACCAAGAAGCAAGCAGAACCUGAUAUUGUUUUCACAAAAGCCUUGGACGAAGAACUGCUGGAUGUCUUUGCUCCUCCAAAAAAUCCCAAGUCACUGCUGCUACCAGCAAACCGGGCACCCUCUAUCACAAAGUUACCCGAGGAUUUCCACUAUCAACCAGAGGAUCUUGUUAAAUUGUUUCUUUUACCCAAUGUCAUGGUAAUGAAAGUUACCCACUAAGAGAAUACUUAUGAUUCAAUGUGUUAUUAUUAUUUUAUUUCUGGUGCUGCUAUUAAUGGAAGAGUUUUGUUCUCUUGCAGUUUAUUUGAAAGAGAGGGAGAAGUUCCAGAGGUGAAGCUCUUAUCAUCCCUUCAAAAAUCCCGUCUUUUCCGUUUUCAGUCACUUAUUCCUGAAAUGUGAAAGAGCUUCUCUUUUUUUUUUUUUUUUUUCAGAAGAGCCAGGUAGUGAUGGCAAUUUCAACCUGCCCCGCGGGUAUUACCCGACCUGACCCGCGAUGGGGCGGGUAUUACCCGACCCGUAGUAGCGUGGGGCGGGACAUGGUUAUCUACUUCCGACCCGCCCUGCCCCGCCCCGGCUCGUUCUAGACUCAUUUAAUCUCAAUUUCUUACAAUUUCUAUACAUAUUUCUACUAUUUUGACUUUCUUCAACUAGUUAGAGUCCCUCUUUCAACUUGUGAGACUCAAUAACACAUUCUAUAAUCACUAUUUUUCAUUCUUAAAGUGUUUUUCCCUUCGUUUUAUCGUAAAAAGUAUAAUUUACUUGUAUUUUUUUCGAAUAACAUGUAAGAGUGGGG